AGGGCCGCGGCCACCGGAAGAGUCACCGUCGCCAGCAGAGCCGGGAGAGUGGGGAGCGGAAGCGGCGGCCGCGACGGCGGCAGGCGGCGCUGGGACCCGGGAGCGGCCGGAGAACAAGGGAGCUGGCGCCGCGGCCGGCCGCGGAGCUGGGCUGAGCCGCUGGGCCGCGCCGACCGCCGCCUCCGCCGCCGGAGAGGCCCGGCCCCGCCGCCCGAGCAGGCAGCGCGCGGGCCGCCGGGCCCGAGGCCGGAGCCAUGGGCGAGACCAAGAUCAUCUACCACCUGGACGGGCAGGAGACGCCGUACCUGGUGAAGCUGCCCCUGCCCGCCGAGCGCGUCACCUUGGCGGACUUUAAGGGCGUUCUGCAGCGACCCAGCUAUAAGUUCUUCUUCAAGUCUAUGGACGACGAUUUCGGAGUGGUGAAGGAGGAGAUCUCGGACGACAAUGCCAAGUUGCCCUGCUUCAAUGGCCGGGUGGUGUCCUGGCUGGUGUCGGCUGAGGGCUCACACCCAGAGCCAGCUCCCUUCUGUGCUGACAACCCAUCGGAACUGCCACCGCCCAUGGAGCGCACAGGAGGCAUUGGGGACUCCCGGCCCCCAUCCUUCCACCCUCAUGCUGGUGGGGGCAGCCAGGAGAACCUGGACAAUGACACAGAGACUGACUCCUUGGUGUCUGCCCAGCGAGAGCGGCCACGACGGAGGGAUGGCCCAGAGCACACAACCCGGCUGAAUGGAACUGCAAAGGGGGAGCGGCGGCGAGAGCCAGGGGGGUAUGACAGCUCAUCCACCCUUAUGAGCAGCGAGUUGGAGACCACCAGCUUCUUUGAUUCAGAUGAGGAUGACUCCACCAGCAGGUUCAGCAGCUCCACAGAGCAGAGCAGCGCCUCACGCCUGAUGAGAAGACACAAGCGGCGGCGGCGGAAGCAGAAGGUUUCACGGAUUGAGAGGUCCUCGUCCUUCAGCAGCAUCACGGACUCCACCAUGUCACUCAACAUCAUCACGGUCACUCUCAACAUGGAAAAGUAUAACUUCUUGGGUAUCUCCAUUGUGGGCCAAAGCAACGAGCGUGGUGACGGAGGCAUCUACAUUGGCUCUAUCAUGAAGGGGGGGGCCGUGGCUGCUGAUGGACGCAUCGAGCCAGGAGAUAUGCUGUUACAGGUAAACGAGAUCAACUUUGAGAACAUGAGUAAUGACGACGCGGUCCGGGUACUGCGGGAGAUUGUGCACAAACCAGGGCCCAUCACCUUGACUGUAGCCAAGUGCUGGGACCCAAGUCCACGUGGGUGCUUCACACUGCCCAGGAGCGAGCCCAUCCGGCCCAUUGACCCCGCGGCCUGGGUCUCCCACACUGCAGCCAUGACCGGCACCUUCCCUGCCUACGGCAUGAGCCCCUCCCUGAGCACCAUCACCUCCACCAGCUCCUCCAUCACCAGCUCCAUCCCUGACACAGAGCGCCUAGACGACUUCCACCUGUCCAUCCACAGUGACAUGGCCGCCAUCGUAAAAGCCAUGGCCUCCCCUGAAUCCGGGCUGGAGGUCCGUGACAGGAUGUGGCUCAAGAUUACCAUCCCCAACGCUUUCAUCGGCUCGGACGUGGUGGACUGGCUGUACCACAACGUGGAAGGCUUCACUGACCGGCGAGAGGCCCGCAAAUACGCCAGCAACCUGCUGAAGGCCGGCUUCAUCCGCCACACUGUCAACAAGAUCACCUUCUCUGAGCAGUGCUACUACAUCUUCGGCGACCUCUGUGGCAACAUGGCCAACCUCUCCCUCCACGAUCAUGAUGGCUCCAGCGGCGCCUCCGACCAGGACACGCUGGCCCCUCUGCCGCACCCAGGGGCUGCCCCUUGGCCCAUGGCUUUCCCUUACCAGUACCCGCCGCCCCCACACCCCUACAACCCGCACCCAGGCUUCCCCGAGCUGGGGUACAGCUAUGGCGGGGGCAGCGCCAGCAGUCAGCACAGUGAAGGCAGCCGGAGCAGUGGCUCCAACCGUAGCGGCAGCGACCGGCGGAAGGAGAAGGACCCGAAGACCGGGGACUCGAAGUCGGGCGGCAGCGGCAGCGAGUCGGACCACACGACCCGCAGCAGCCUGCGGGGGGCGCGGGAGCGGGCGCCGAGCGAGCGCUCGGGUCCUGCCGCCAGCGAGCACAGCCACCGCAGCCACCACUCGCUGGCCAGCAGCCUGCGCAGCCAUCACACGCACCCGAGCUACGGCCCCCCCGGGGUGCCCCCUCUCUACGGCCCCCCCAUGCUGAUGAUGCCCCCACCGCCUGCGGCCAUGGGGCCCCCGGGAGCCCCUCCGGGCCGCGACCUGGCCUCCGUGCCCCCUGAACUGACCGCCAGCAGACAGUCCUUCCGCAUGGCCAUGGGAAACCCCACCAAGAAUUUCGGGCUGUUUGACUUUCUGUGAGCCCCCAGCGAGGGGAGGCCCAGCCUCCGAGGAGACCAGGAACCCUGCUUCAGCAGCCCCUCAGGGCUUCCCAAGGAUAUUUCAGCCCCCAUACCCACACCUUAACCCGUUGAGUCACUAGGCUUCUGAGGAGCACCCAGCCUCUAGCCCAUGUGUGACAGACUCUCUCUCUUUCCCUCUCUUCCUCUUUCUCACACACACCUCCCCCACCCCCUGCCCCAACACACACGUGCCUAUGCAAGUUCACUUAAGCCUCAGGGCUGGUCCCUGACCAGAGGGCUGGACCCUCUCUCCCAGUCCGCUCCUAGGUCGUGGGGCUGGUCCCCUAAUUUCCCUCUCCCUUUCUUCAUAGCCCUCAAACCUCCCACACAUGUCCCCAUAAUAUUUCUAUCUGGUUAAAGCCCAUAAUCUGGGUCUCAGGUUGGGCUCAGUGCAGGACCCCCCGGGCAACUGACAGGCUGUUCUCACCCUGCCCCGUGCCCCACACACCCUCCUGUGUUUUCACCAUCACCAUGAUAACCCAGAGCAAGGUUGGGCAGGGGGACUUCUGGAACUUCCAGACAUGAGUGCCAAGUUUUAGUUUUUACCUUAUUCUCCCAUUUAAGCAAAUCACGACUUUCUCUGUGAGCCUCUUCUAUAAAUUCUGGCUCACCUAGGCUUCCAUAUUUUUAGGUCUGGGAUGUCAAGCGUAAGAUGAAGUCCUAAGCUCCAGGUCUUGGAGCAAUCCAGGAUAGGGGUAUUUUGGCAUUCAUUCAUUUAACAAAGAUUCCCUGGGAUUUGGGGUGCAUGAGGGCUGUGUUAGAAGUGUGACUCAGUCUUGCCUUCCUUCUGGGAGCUCUAGAUUUGCUCCCAACCCAGACCAUGGUUUCCUCUAGCCACCACUAUAGGGCUGCCUCCUGUACUUCUCUUCCUCCUCUGAUUCUUCUGUCUCUGACUCUCUUGAGGAUUCCUCCACUAUUGCUCAUGCCUUCAGGGUCCCUGUAUUUUAUCUCUGGUCCACUUCUCUUUCCUCUGUAUUUACUCCCGAAACAGUAUCAUCCAUCCUGACGUCAACUGCCACUAAUAUGCUGGUGAUUCCCAAAUAUAUAUCUCCAGCCCUAACUUCCCUCUAUCUUUAGAUCUGUAUUUUUAUCACCCACUGGACCUCUCCAUGGACAUGUCCACAUGGACUCAACUCAUUUCCUUCCCCCCACCCCCACCCCCGCCGAAGUGUGUUCCUUCUGAAUUCCAAUCCUGGUUACCUUCAUCACACUCUUCAUAGGCUCACCAGCUAGAAACAUUUACGGGCUUAAAUUCCUUCCCAUAUUUUACUAGUCAGUAUAUCAUAUCCAUUCCACUCCAACAAUCUUUCUUGAAUUUGGCCCUUCCUCUCCCCUCUGCCUCUACUCUAGUUCACAGGAGCAUGGGAUUUGGAGUCGGGUUAUUCUGGGUUUGAAUCCCAGCUCUACUACUUUUUGGUUGCGUGAUAAGAGAGUUAUUCAGUCUCUCUGAGCCUCAGUUUCCUCAUAUGUAAAAUGACGAUAAUAAUACCUACCUCACAGGGUUGUUGUGAGGAUUUAAGUUAGAUAUUGUACGAAAAGUGCCUAGCACAGUGCCUGGCACACAGUAGAAUAGGUGCUCAAUAAAUGGUAGCUAUUGUUAUUAUUA